AUGCUCGAACUCCGCCUGUCAUCUACAGCAGACGCAGCCCGAUUUGCACUACCGCAAUUUUGUGAGGAGCGUCACAUCCAGCAGGGCGCUUUGACCCGCCGCUCUGGAUACCAGCCUACCAGGAGAAUCUGGGUAACGACGCUGUUCCUCCUCCUCGGUGUCGGAGCACAAUGCAACUUUGGAUAUCACGUCCGUAUUAAGAGCUGGCCAGCUAUACUAAUGGUCCGCAUAAAACACAAGCCGUGUGUCUGUAACCCGAAUCAUGGCCCCCACGAGCGGAUUCAUUCCCAAUUCCACGUUACUCCGACUUUGCCUAGCCACACUACGGAGACUUUAGUGUAA